AUGCGAUUUGUUCUGUGUUAUCUGCUGCUUCUUGGACGCACAAGCGUCUUGUCCACCUACGGGCCCUAUCAACGAGCACAGAUGACCGGCGAUAUUUUGUUGGGAGGGCUCUUCCCCAUUCACUUUGGGGUGGCUUCCAAAGACCAAGAUCUGGCAGCACGUCCUGAGUCCACACAAUGCGUCAGGUUUAACUUCCGAGGUUUCCGCUGGCUGCAGGCUAUGAUAUUUGCAAUCGAGGAGAUCAACAACAGCAGCACUCUCCUGCCCAACAUCACUUUGGGCUACAGAAUCUUUGACACGUGUAAUGCUGUAUCAAAGGCCCUGGAGGCCACUCUUAGUUUUGUAGCCCAGAAUAAGAUAGACUCCUUGAAUUUGGAUGAAUUUUGCAACUGCACUGACCACAUCCCAUCCACUAUCGCAGUGGUAGGAGCUGCUGGAUCUGCUGUCUCCACAGCAGUGGCAAACCUAUUGGGACUGUUUUAUAUUCCACAGAUAAGCUAUGCUUCAUCCAGUCGCCUUCUAAGUAACAAGAACCAGUACAAGUCCUUCAUGAGAACAAUUCCUUCCGACGAGUCCCAGGCUACGGCACUGGCCGAUGUAAUUGAGUACUUUCAAUGGAACUGGGUCAUUGCCGUGGCCUCAGAUGAUGACUACGGACGGCCCGGUAUUGAGAAGUUUGAAAAAGAGAUGGAGGAAAGGGAUAUUUGCAUUCAUCUAAAUGAACUCAUCUCACAGUACAUGGAGGAGCACGAAAUCCAAGCGCUUGCCGACAGAAUUGAAAACUCCAGCGCCAAAGUUAUUGUGGUGUUCGCCAGUGGUCCAGAUAUGGAGCCUCUAAUUAAAGAGAUGGUCAGGAGAAACAUCACCGAUCGUACUUGGAUCGCUAGCGAAGCUUGGGCGAGCUCAUCCCUCAUUGCUAAACCUGAAUAUCUCGAUGUGGUGGCAGGUACUGUUGGUUUUGCUUUAAAGGCGGGGCAUAUUCCCGAGUUUAAAGAGUUCCUGCAGCAUGUCCAACCAAAGAAAGAUAAUCAUAAUGACUUUGUCAGGGAGUUUUGGGAAGAAACCUUCAACUGUUAUCUGAAGGACAGUCCAAGACUCCAAGAAAGUGACAAUGGUAGCACAAGUUUUAGGCCUUUGUGUACUGGUGACGAAGACAUCACAAGUGUGGAGACACCAUACCUGGACUACACCCACCUUCGUAUCUCCUACAAUGUAUACGUUGCGGUUUACUCCAUUGCACAGGCCCUGCAGAACGUAUUAACCUGUACACCUGGACAUGGGCUUUUUGCAAACAACUCCUGCGCCGAUAUAAAGAAAAUAGAAGCAUGGCAGGUACUAAAGCAGCUCAGACAUUUGAAAUAUCCCAACCGUGCUGGAGGAAAGAUGCAUUUAGAUGAUUUUGACUUGUCUGCAAACUACACCAUAAUCAACUGGCACAGGUCUGCUGAAGAUGGUUCUGUGGUGUUUGAAGAGGUUGGAUAUUAUAAUAUGCAUGCCAAGAGGGGAGCCAAGCUUGUCAUUGACAAGACAAAGAUUCUCUGGAAUGGAUACAGUUUGGAGGUGCCGUUCUCCAACUGCAGUGAGGAUUGUGAACCUGGUACCAGAAAGGGCAUUAUAGACAGUAUGCCAACGUGUUGCUUUGAAUGCACUGAAUGCUCAGAUGGAGAAUACAGUAACCAUAAAGAUGCCAGCAUUUGCAUCAAAUGUCCUAAUAACUCCUGGUCAAGUGGAAACCACACUUCUUGCUUUUUGAAGGAAAUAGAGUUUCUGUCCUGGACUGAGCCAUUUGGGAUAGCACUGGCCAUAUGCGCAGUAUUGGGGGUGGUCCUGACAGCUUUUGUGAUAGGAGUGUUUGUCAAGUUCCGCAACACUCCCAUAGUGAAGGCUACAAACCGAGAGCUGUCAUACUUGCUGCUCUUCUCGCUUAUCUGUUGCUUCUCCAGCUCACUUAUCUUUAUCGGGCAACCGCACGAUUGGAUGUGUCGUCUCCGUCAACCGGCUUUCGGUGUCAGUUUUGUUCUUUGCAUUUCUUGUAUUCUAGUCAAAACCAACAGAGUGCUAUUGGUUUUCGAGGCUAAGAUUCCGACCAGUUUCCACCGUAAAUGGUGGGGAUUAAACCUGCAGUUCCUUUUGGUGUUCCUCUUCACAUUUGUCCAAGUUAUGAUAUGCGUUGUGUGGCUUUACAACGCUCCCCCUUCCAGUUAUAUGAACCACGAUAUCGAUGAGAUUAUUUUCAUCACCUGCAACGAAGGCUCUGAGAUGGCUCUCGCGUUUCUCAUUGGCUACACAUGCCUCCUGGCGGCGGUCUGUUUCUUCUUUGCAUUCAAAUCCCGCAAACUUCCAGAAAAUUUCACGGAAGCCAAGUUUAUUACAUUUAGCAUGCUCAUAUUCUUCAUUGUUUGGAUCUCUUUCAUCCCCGCCUACUUUAGUACAUAUGGCAAGUUUGUUUCAGCAGUGGAGGUCAUUGCGAUUCUAGCAUCCAGCUUUGGGAUGCUAGCCUGUAUUUUCUUCAAUAAGGUGUACAUCAUCCUCUUCAAAUCUUCCAGGAACACCAUAGAGGAAGUUAGGUGCAGCACGGCAGCCCACGCCUUCAAAGUGGCCGCCAAAGCCACACUCAAACAGGGCACUGUGUCCAGAAAAAAGUCCGGUAGCAUAGGGGGCUCGUCCGCCUCCUCCCCGUCAUCCUCCAUCAGCCUUAAAACCAACGGGGAGGGUCGGGAGACACCAUCUGGAAGGCAAAAGCCAAGAGUAAGCUUCGGCAGCAGUACAGUCAUGUUGUCAUUAAGCUUCGAGGAGUCGAGAAGAAGUUCUUUGAUGUGA